GGAGACCUUGGGUGGGGGAAUCUGCAAAAUGAGCAGCCAUACCCACUCCUGGUAUCCACCCAGCUCCACCCAAGACCCAAAGGGAAUCAAAUAAAGGCAAAGGGGGGCAGGCAUGGACGAUAGAGGGCACGAUGGUCAUGGGAGUCACAGCGUUGCUGCUGCUGCUGCUGGUCCUGCUGCUGGCCCUAGCCAGGCGGGGUUGGGGUGCCCAGGGCACUCAGACUCGGGGGUCCCUACCCCCGGGGCCAACGCCACUCCCACUGCUGGGGAACCUGCUGCAGCUGGAGCCUGGACGCCUGGACCAAGCGCUCAUGGAGCUCUCUGGCCGCUGGGGCCCAGUGUUCACAGUGCGGCUGGGCCCGCGCCCUUCAGUGGUGCUGUGCGGCUACUCUGCGCUGCGGGACGCAUUAGUGCUGCAGGCGGAUGCCUUCUCCGGCCGCGGGGCCAUGGCUGUUUUCCAGCACUUCACUCGCGGAAACGGCAUCUUAUUUUCCAACGGGCCGCGCUGGUGGACGCUGCGCAAUUUUGCACUGGGAACACUGAAGGAGUUCGGGCUGGGAACGCGGACCAUAGAGGAGCGCAUCCUGGAGGAGGCAGCUUGUCUGCUUGGCAAAUUUCAAGCCACCAUUGGAGCGCCGUUCAACCCCCGACGGCUCCUGGAUAAUGCUGUAUCUAACGUUAUUUGUUCGGUGGUCUUCGGGAACCGCUAUGGCUAUGAGGACCCAGAGUUCCUGAGGCUCCUGGACCUCUUCCAUGACAACUUCCGCAUCAUGAGUUCCAGAUGGGGCGAGAUGUACAACAUUUUCCCCUCCCUCCUUGAGUGGCUCCCAGGCCCACACCACCGAAUCUUUCGAAACUUCACGAAGCUUCGGGUUUUCAUCUCUGAGCAAAUCAAGUGGCACCAGCAGACGCGGCAGCCUGGGGAGCCCCGCGAUUUCAUCGAUUGCUUCCUGGAUCAGAUGAGUAAGGAACAGGAAGACCCAGAAAGCCAUUUCCAGGAGGAGACGUUGGUGAUGACAACACACAAUCUCUUCUUCGGUGGCACUGAGACCACAAGCACCACUCUGCGCUAUGGGCUCCUCAUUCUGCUUAAGUACCCAGAGGUGGCAGCCAAAGUGCAGGCCGAGCUGGAUGCAGUGGUAGGGCGGACACGCACCCCAAGGCUAGAGGACUGCGAGCACCUGCCCUACACCAAUGCCGUGCUACACGAGAUCCAGCGCUUCAUCAGUGUGCUGCCACUGGGGCUGCCCCGUGCCCUCACCAGGGACACCCACCUGCGCGGCUACUUUCUGCCCAAGGGUACCUUUGUGAUUCCUGUGCUCAAGUCUUCACACCAGGACCCCACCCAGUUCAAAGACCCAGAAUGCUUCAACCCCACCAACUUCCUGGACGACAAGGGCAAGUUCCAGAGCAACGAUGCCUUCAUGCCCUUUGCCCCAGGAAAGCGGAUGUGCCUGGGCGCGGGCCUGGCACGAUCGGAGAUCUUCCUCUUCUUCACCGCCAUCCUCCAGCGGUUCUGCCUGCUCCCUGUGGGCAGCCGCACCGACAUCAACCUCACCCCGCAGUGCACAGGCCUGGGCAACAUCCCCCCAGCCUUCCAGCUCCGGCUGGUGGCCCGCUGAGUCGGGCUCAGCAGCCCUCUGCUCACUGGCUCCCAGACCUCCCUACCUGCUUUGGUCAAUAAAGGCCCCAAACCGCA